CUCACGAACUGCUUUCCCAGCGUUAUACUCAGUUAUGUCACCAUCACGUACACCUGUGAGGUUAACAAUGCCCAACCGCUGAUUGAUUUGGAGCUAUUCGCUUCGUACUACAACCCAACCCUCAAUCCUGGGUGGCCGGCGACUCUGGACGCGGAAACCAAUGCCAUUACAUUCAUGCCUAGUUGGGGGGCGCCUUCAGGACGUUGGGAAUUGGUCAUUACAGGGCGUCCUGACAUUUCAAGCACUGCCACACCUCAGACGAGCAAUAAAAGCAUGGGCUUCAUGCUGAUUGCAGAGACCAAUGCGAAUUUCGCUUCAGAAUAUCCAUAUUACGGUAUGGGUGUAUCGUUUGCACCCAAUCUU